AUGAGAGAGAGUAUGGAGAAGUUUGUUCUCCUUCCAAGUUUCUCCAUAGGUUGCAAAUCUCACUCAAGUGUUCUUGUGGGCACAGCUCAAUCCAAGAAACCAAACAAAGAAUCAACCCAACAUAUAACAAGAAGAAAAGAAGGAAGGAAAAGCUCAUCAAGUAAAGAAAGGAUCAAACACUAUCUAAGUUACCUGUCUUUCCCAAAGUUGAAUUUGUCAAGUGGGAUUCACAGAUUGAUUAGAAGCAUCAAGACAUUUCCUCAAUUACCCUUUUACAAGAAAGAAGAGAUGGAGAUAGGGUUUCCAACAGACGUGAAGCAUCUCACACACAUUGGAGCAGACGGCACCACCACCAUCAACGGCUCAAAUGGCUGGGAAAACCUAAAUGCUCUGAACAUCGUUCCUCUAUCCUUGAAGCAUUUUGAGCUUGCCAUGGCUGCUCAGGCCAACCCACCCUCUUCUUCUUCAUCACUCGUUGUCCGAGUAACAUCAGACUUAUGCUUGAAAUAAUUCUGGUUUUCGAGAUUUGGGUCAAGAAAAUAUAGUACAAUUCUGAUCCAAGAUGUUACCUGA